AUGGAGCAAGAACCAUCAUCACUCGGAAAACGAAGAGAAUCAGAAGCCACCGACGCCGGCGACACUUCUUCAAAACCAAAGAAACCCCGAAGUCUAGAACGCACUUGCGUCCACGAAGUUGCAGUUCCAAGCAAUUACAUUUCAACCAAAGACGAAUCACUUCACGGAACACUCUCCAAUCCUCUCCACAACGGCACCAUGGCAAAAACCUACACCUUCGCACUCGACCCCUUUCAACAGGUAUCAAUCGCGUGCCUUGAACGAAACGAGUCCGUUUUGGUUUCAGCUCAUACUUCAGCCGGAAAGACUGCGAUCGCGGAAUACGCGAUUGCAAUGGCUUUUAGGGAUAAACAGAGAGUUAUAUAUACUUCGCCGCUUAAAGCUCUUAGUAACCAGAAAUACAGAGAGCUUAAUCAGGAAUUUAAAGAUGUAGGGUUGAUGACCGGUGAUGUUACGAUCUCUCCGAAUGCGACGUGUCUUGUUAUGACGACAGAGAUUCUUAGGGGGAUGUUGUAUCGUGGUUCAGAGGUUUUGAAGGAAGUUGCUUGGGUUAUAUUUGAUGAAAUUCAUUAUAUGAAGGAUCGUGAAAGAGGUGUUGUUUGGGAGGAAAGUAUAAUCUUUUUGCCGCCUGCUAUUAAAAUGGUGUUUCUUUCGGCUACUAUGUCUAAUGCUACGGAGUUUGCGGAGUGGAUUUGUAAUAUACAUAAGCAACCUUGUCAUGUUGUGUAUACUGAUUUUCGACCGACUCCGUUGCAGCAUUAUGUUUUUCCCAAUGGUGGGAAUGGAUUGUAUUUGGUUGUUGAUGAGAAUGAGCAGUUUAGGGAGGAUAAUUUUGUUAAGCUGCAGGAUACUUUUUCUAAGCAGAAAGUUGGUGAUGGGUUUAGGGGUGGUAAAUCUAAUGGUAGACAUGGGAAAAGUGGUCCUGCGGGUGCUGGUUCUGACAUAUACAAAAUUGUCAAGAUGAUCAUGGAAAGGAAAUUCCAACCUGUUAUCAUCUUUAGCUUCAGUAGGAGAGAGUGUGAGCAGCAUGCAAUGGCUAUGUCUAAGCUUGACUUCAACACCAAAGAGGAAAAAGAUACAGUGGAGCAUGUUUUUAGGAAUGCAGUGCUCUGUUUGAAUGAAGAAGACCGGAGCUUACCUGCUAUCGAGCUGAUGUUACCCCUACUUCAGCGAGGAAUUGCUGUCCACCAUUCUGGCCUUCUUCCUGUCAUCAAAGAAUUGGUUGAGCUUCUUUUCCAGGAAGGUCUUGUAAAAGCCCUCUUUGCUACUGAGACAUUUGCAAUGGGUUUAAAUAUGCCGGCAAAAACUGUUGUAUUCACUGCUGUUAAGAAGUGGGAUGGUGAUAGUCACCGUUAUAUUGGCUCUGGUGAAUAUAUACAGAUGAGUGGAAGGGCCGGGCGGCGUGGCAAAGAUGAGCGUGGGAUUUGUAUCAUAAUGAUUGAUGAGGAGAUGGAAAUGAGUACCCUCAAAGACAUGGUUCUGGGUAAACCCGCUCCUUUAGUUAGUACAUUUAGGCUUAGUUACUACUCAAUUUUAAAUUUGAUGAGUCGUGCAGAAGGUCAAUUCACUGCCGAACACGUGAUAAGAAACUCAUUUCAUCAAUUUCAAUAUGAAAAGGCCUUACCUGAUAUGGGAAAAAGGGUAUCUAUGCUGGAGCAGGAAGUAGCCUUGCUUGAUGCUGCAGGGGAGGCUGAAGUAUCUGAAUAUCAUAAGCUGAAAAUAGAAUAUGCUCUUCUAGAGAAGAAGAUGAUGUCGCAACUAAUAAGACCGGAAAUGAUUCUUUAUUUUCUUGUCCCCGGUCGAUUGAUUAAAGUAAGAGAAGGCGGGACAGAUUGGGGCUGGGGUGUUGUAGUCAAUGUUGUUAAGAAACCUGUUGGUGGUUAUAUAGUUGACACUUUACUUCAUUGUUCACCUAGUUCAAACGAAAACAGUACACGGUCAAAACCAUGUCCACCGCGCCUUGGAGAGAAAGGUGAAAUGCAUGUGGUCCCGGUUCAAUUACCAUUAAUCUCUGCGCUUAGUAAACUAAUGAUACAUGUACCUCCUGAUCUCCGGCCCUUGGAAGCUCGGCAAAGCAUACUCCUUGCUGUUCAGGAGCUGAGCAAUCGUUUUCCUCAAGGUCUUCCAAAGCUUAACCCUGUAAAGGACAUGGAUGUACGAGAUUCAGAGAUAGUUGAACUUGUCAAUCAAAUAGAAGAGCUUGAGAAAAAGUUGCUUGGUCAUCCUAUGCAUAAGGUUCAAGAUGUAGAUCAAAUUAAGAGCUUUGAGAGGAAAGCUGAAGUGAAUCAUGAAAUUCAACACCUGAAAGCAAAAAUGCGAGACUCCCAGCUGCAAAAAUUUCGGGAUGAACUUAAAAACCGCUCUCGAGUCUUAAAGAAGCUUGGUCAUAUUGAUGCUGAUAGUGUAGUUCAAUUGAAAGGAAGGGCAGCCUGCUUGGUCGACACAGGCGAUGAACUCCUUGUCACUGAAUUAAUGUUUAAUGGCACUUUUAAUGAUCUGGACCAUCACCAAGUUGCUGCUCUUGCAAGUUGUUUUAUACCCGUAGAUAAAUCAAGUGAGCAGAUACAAUUGAGAUCAGAGCUUGCAAGACCUCUACAACAGCUUCAAGACAAUGCAAGAAGGAUAGCAGAGAUACAACACGAAUGCAAAUUGGAAGUAAAUGUGAAUGAGUAUGUCGAAUCAACAGUAAAGCCAUUCUUGAUGGAUGUAAUAUACUCUUGGUCUAAGGGAUCUAGUUUUGCUGAUGUUACUCAAAUGACUGACAUCUUCGAGGGCAGUAUCAUUAGGGCUGCUAGAAGGCUUGAUGAAUUUUUGAAUCAGUUGCGUGAUGCUGCUGAAGCAGUUGGAGAAGUUGACUUGGAGAAGAAAUUUGCUGCAGCAAGUGAAAGCCUUCGUCGUGGUAUUAUUUUUGCAAAUUCUCUGUAUCUGUGA